GGGUGCAAUAACUUACGUUUCCCGUUUAUAGUAAAUUUUUAUCAUGUACACAAACUUAUUUUAUCUCCUAGUGAUAAAUAAUUCAAGACAAUAUUUGUAAGUACAUAUAAUGUCAACGUACAUCAAAAUUCUGUGUCAAAAUAAAAAAUUAUUUGCCUUGAUAAAUGCAUGAAAAAGACCUGUGUAGCCGUUUAUAUAAUAAUUGACCGCAGACUAUACCAAACCACUUAAAAACUUGGCUUUCACCAGUGGAUAAAGCGUGAUGUAUAUGUAAUCGUUUUAUACAGUACAACUUAUUUACUACUGUGAAAGAAACAUGGAUCCUGUGGUACUUGUUCAUGGUGGUGCUGGAGAUAUUACUGAUGACAGAGUCAGUGGUAAAAUUAAGGGUGUCAAAUUAGCAGCAGUGGAAGGAUACAAGGCACUAAAAAAUGGGGGCUCAGUACUUGACGCUGUGGAAUCAGCCGUUAGAUUAAUGGAAGAUGAUGAAUAUUUUAAUGCAGGCUAUGGAUCUGUUUUAAAUUUAAAUGGGGAUGUGGAAAUGGAUGCUAGUAUCAUGCUUGGCUCAGAUUUAAAUGCUGGAGCUAUAUCAAUUACCAAAGACAUAUCACAUCCUAUAAGCUUAGCUCGUCUUGUAAUGGAAAAAACCCCGCACGUAAUUCUUUCUGCAGAGGGUGCGCAAAAAUUUGCUGAAUCUAAAGGCAUUCCGAUUUUGGAACCAGGAGCUUUGGUGACAGAUUUUGCAAAAAAAGCAUUGGAAGAUUAUAAACAACACGGCGGCCAAUUGACAGAAAUAGGAGGGAUUAUUAAGCCAAAAAAUGCCGGAGAAGUGGGUACAGUGGGAGCAGUAGCAGUGGAUGGUUUAGGGAAUGUCGCUGCUGCUACUUCAACGGGUGGAAUAAAUGGGAAAAUGCCCGGAAGGGUCAGUGACACAUCUCAAAUCGGAAGUGGAUCAUACGCUGAUAACAACAGUGGAGCUGUGUCAACCACAGGGCACGGCGAAACAAUCCUUAAAUUCUGCUUAGCACACAGUAUUUGUAAGGAUAUGGAAAAUGGUAAAUCAGCACGACUGGCAACUAAAGAAUCUGUUGAAAAAAUGACCCGAAGACUUAACAAUACUGCAGGUGCUAUAACCGUAUCGAAAAUAGGAGAAGUAGGCAUAAGUUUUAGCAGUAAACGAAUGGCAUGGGCUUAUGUUAAAGGCUCAGAACUACAUUUUGGUAUAGAGCAGGGUCAACACGAAGUAGAAUGUGUGGAAGACGAAAUUUAAACACCAACAAUAUAUGCACUUUAUCCAUAAAUGUUACUAUUUACGUGUCUGAUAUUCUACAAAGCAAUAAAUAUAUAUAUAUUUUUGUUCUU